AAUGUUCCUAUCAAGUCUACACUUAAUUCCUGGUCACAUUCCACGUCAAGUAAAUGCAAAACAGGACAAUUUUGUGCAAUGGUAUUUAUGACAAAAGUAGUCAUAUUGCGAUAAUGAAGUACUAAGUCUUCUACCUUUCUGCAUGACUCGAUAAAAGCGAUAACAGGCUCAUUGGUUAGAAUUUUACUACAAACAUCUAGAGCUCUCAAUUGUGGACAACAUUCAGUGAUAACAGACAUAGUCUUGUCACUAACAUUGCAUUCCGGUAUCAGGAGGGUCUCAAUUUGUGUACAACACCGAAGUAGACCAACAAUCACAUUUUCGGUGAUGGUGUUGCAGCAAAUCAAUCCUAACUUUUUUAGGUUUGGACAAGAGUUUGCUAUGUAUUCUAUGGACUUGUCUGUUAUAUACUCGCAGUUAUCGAGAUCAAUGGCUUGUAACUCAGUACACGAUUGUGUUAAUGAUUUGAUGCCCGCAUCUGAAAUAUGACAGCUAUCACCACCCAAGUCUAAUGACAGAAGAUGAGAAUAUGUUUUUGCAAGCAAUUUUAGUGAAUCAUCAGUUACACCAUCACACGAGGAUAAUCUUAUGCAAUGAAGGGAGGGACACGAGAUUGUUAUAAUUUUGACCAGUUCAUCAUCCACUAUAUCGCUUAUAGCCAAUACCCUUAAGCUGUGGCACGCACUAAUGAGUAACUUUAAGCUGGCAAUACCAUAUGAAGUAAAAAAGCGGCCGUUUGAAUGUUAAGAGAAUAGAGAUAAGAAGGAAAAACCGCCUUUUGCUGACAAAAUUGUUUCAUUAAAAUACG